GCCACAAAUCCCCAAAUCUCAUCUGAAACAGAAAUUUAAGUUACAUGAUAAAUCUAUCUUACACCUCGUUUAUGAUGUUACGUCACGGUGUUGAAAAGACUGCAGAACCUCAACAAUAUUUUUGAGCAACAAAAGCACGAGAAACAAAGUGAACGAGUAACUAUCACAGAGUACAAGACAAUCGUGUAAAUCACUUGAAGAACACAAUUUAAAAAAUGCAAACUGAUGAAAAGAGUAGUGAAUUUUUACAAAAGGUUAAUUUAGAAAAGGAUAAAAGAAGAUUAAAAUACUCAGAUUUGAUGUAUAUGAAACAAGCAGAAGAAGUAGCUCUCUAUCGGGCACUGAAAUAUAAACAGACUCGUAAACGUUGCAUAGUAACAGGUAUUUCUUUAGCUUGCUGUGUUGUGGGAAUUUACUUGUAUACCAUACAUACUGUGAGGCAAGAAACAUUUUUGGAUGAUCUGAAUGAACCUGAGAAAGUAAUUCGAGAACCAGCUUCAAACAGUAAUAAACUGGUUUAAAAUUAUUUAUAAUGUCUUAAAUUUGUUCAAUUCAAAAGUGUCAUAUGUUAUUUAUACAA